AUACAAAAGAAAACAAUAUUAUAACAUAUUAUUGCAAAACAAUUAGUCAUCGGUUUCAAAAAUUGUUUAUUAACAUUCAAUUUUUUUUGAAAAUGUGUAUUCUAGUUCGAGAAUUUAAAACAGUUCCUCUUGUUUGGGUGUUCAGUAAGAUGACAAUAUUCAACCUUUACAUAUUUGACCGCAAUGGAACAUGUCUUUACUACACAGAGUGGAACAGAAGGAACCAGUCUGGCAUUUCUAAAGAAGAGGAGUUCAAAUUGAUGUAUGGAAUGAUUUUGUCCAUCAAGUCUUUCUGCUCACGACUUUCUCCAACAGAUUUAAAGGAUGGUUUCCUGAGCUACAGAACCAGCAAAUAUAAGCUGCAUUUCUAUGAGACUGCAUCUGGUCUAAAGUUCAUCCUAAACACAGACAUCAACGCUGGAAACAUGAGAGACAAUAUUCAGCAGAUCUACAGUAAUAUAUAUGUGGAGAAUGUGAUUAAAAAUCCAGAGUGCAAACUUGGCCAACAAAUCACUUCAGAACUUUUCCAAACCAAAUUAGACGAUUACAUCCGCUCUCUGCCACAAUUUGCAACAAAACUGUCAUGAUAAUAGUGAAGAAAAUAUGUUUAGGACAAUGGAUAUGGAAAAUAAAAUGUAUGAAAAAUUAACUAUGAUUGGUCAUUUAGGUCAUGUGACCAAUUAUAAUGAAUUCUGGUUGGUCAGAUUGUUGCUGGUCAUGAAUAAUUAACUCUAAUUAGUGUCUAUAGGACUAGAGUACAUGAACAUUCAUUUGUGAAUAGAUUGCUGAGAAAUGUGGUUAAUGAGCUAAUACAAGCCUAAUAAUGAUGAAAAUAUAGGUUUUGGGCCGAUAUAAAGAUGGCAACAUUGGUACAAUCCUAAUUAUGGCUUGUCGAAAUUUUCCUAUUAGGUAUUCCAUACCAUGGGCUUUCUAAUUGGAAGCCCCUGUCCAUACUAAGGAAUUUAAAAUUGUCAAUGAUCAUUAUUUUUAACAGCCCUCUGAUUCUUUAAAUCCGGGUCUAUCGUCUAUACCAUAUGAUUCUUUUAUAUCCCUUCAAAGUGUAUAAAAACGUGCAAUAUGUAUAAUGUUCCAGUAUUGUGCUAUGUAUAUUAAAUGUAAAUACAAGUACAUGUAUCAGUACGUAUGUGAAUAUAUUGGAAACAUGAAAAGAAACAAAACAUCCUAUAUUAAAAUUGUUAACUUUUAAUUUAAUCGUUCAAAAGUUGUUCAUUGGUUUAAAUAAAAGGGAAGCAGAGCUAUCAUAUAUAUGUAUAGAGGAAGCGUAAAGCUAUGAAUCAUUUAAAAAACAUGAACAAAAGAUUUUGAAAUUUUUUUUUAAAAAAUGUUAAAAGAUUU